GGCUGAAGAAAGAAACACUCCUGGUGAAGCAACUGGGAUCCAUGUGACACACUAUUAAAAAGAUGGCGUUUAUUAAAGAGGAGAGUGAAGACAUCAAGAUUGAAGAAGCAUUCAGUGUGAAACAAGAAGAUACUGAGGAACAAAUAGAAUAAACAGCGGGUCCACUGGCGCGGAGCAAGAGGAGCAGAGCAAGCAUUUUCAAUUAAUUCCCAUGGAAGUCAAGUGCUCCGCACGAGUGGAUAAGCAACCACUGAAAGAGGAGAGUCAAGAACUGAAUGAAACAGAAGAGAAAGAUCAGUAUGAGGGAUGUCAUGAUAUCACAACUGGAGGCAAAUCUUUUAAUUGCUCACAGACUGAAAAGACUUCCUCACGAAAAAGAGCUACUAGAAGUUAUUUCUCCUGCCAACAGUGUGGAAAAAUUUUCGAUCAACAAGGAAAUCUUAAAGUCCACAUGAGAAUUCACACUGGAGAGAAGCCUUUUACCUGCAAACAGUGUGGAAAGAGUUUUGAUCAACUAGGAAACUUUAAUGUCCACAUGAAAAUUCACUCUGGAGAAAGCCCUUUCACCUGCCAACAUUGUGGAAAAAGUUUCAACCGAAAAGGAAACCUUAAAAUUCACAUGAGAAUUCACACUAGAGAGAUCCCUUUCACCUGCCAACAGUGUGGAAUAAGUUUCACUCUAAAAGGAAGCCUUAAAAUUCACAUGAGAAUACACACUGGAGAGAAGCCUUUCACCUGUCAAGACUGUGGGAAAAGUUUCAUUCGAAAUGGAAGCCUUAAGAGCCACAUAAGAGUUCACACUGGAGAGAAGCCUUACACCUGCCCUCAUUGUGGAAAGAGUUUUACACAUAAACCAACCCUUAAUGCUCACAUGAGAACUCACACGGGAGAGAAGCCAUUUGUAUGUGCUCAGUGUGGAAAGAGUUUCAGAUAUAAUUUAAAUUUUAAUCGACACAUGAGGAUUCAUUUAAGAGAGAACUCUUUUAUAUGUCAUCAGUGUGGAAAGAGUUUCACUGACAGGAGAUAUCUUAAGAGGCAUGUAAUAACUCACACUGGAGAGAAGCCCUUUUUGUGCCAUCACUGUGGAAAGAGUUUCAAAAACAAAGCAAAUCUUCAGGUUCACAUAAGAGUUCACACUGGAGAGAAGCCUUACACCUGUCCUCAGUGUGGGAAGAGUUUCACACUUAAAGGAAAUCUUAACAUUCACAUGAGGCUUCACACUGGAGAGAAGCCUUUCACAUGUCUUCAGUGUGAAAAGAGUUUCACAUAUAAUAAAGACCUGAAACGUCAUCUGCAAACUCAUUCUGGAAAAAACUUGUAGUGUUCCUCAGUGUUUCAAGAGGUUUACAAAAUAGAGCAGUUUAAAUAAUCACUUGCACAUUCAUUUGUGGAAGACUUGAUCCAUUAAAUUCAUUUUUCAGAAUUCAAUCAAAUUCAGAUUUUAUUAAAAAAAUUUGACAUCACACUUACAGAUACACCUGAGAAGGUAUGCAGAUAUGAGACCCUAUUUGUGUUCUAAGAGUUUUAAAUGGCUUGGCGGUUUAAAAUGGCACCAGAAAAUAUGUAUCUUUUUGAAAGUCAUUUUGAUUGUAUAGAGGCAUAACUUAUAUAUUUAAUUCAGUUUAGUACAUCAUAAUCAAUCAUUAUUUACAUUAUAUAAAGUAACUUCCAUCUUGCUGUAAAAUGUGUCUGCUUUUACAGAUUAAAUUGAAAUGAUAAAUAUACAAACCAUCACAUGUGAA